UUGUUACAUCUAAAGAUGCCCCCCGAGGAGGCGGUGGUGUUUCUGGUAGCCCUCCGACGGAGCUCUGGCACCACUGACAGAUUGAAUGAGUGUUGGCAGUAGUACUGUGACCUGAACCAACAACAGAAAUACAUGUCGAUGACGGGACCUUCAGUAUAAACGCCAAAGACACCGACUAUCAACCCAAAUUUGCAUUAGCCGAAGCGAUACGCUACUAUAACCUCGCACCAAAGACUGCUAGCCCCUCGUUAAGCUAACCAGAAGGUACGCCUAGCCGGGUAGCUAAUGCUAGCAGCCAAGUCUAUUUAUAGUGGACCUCUGUGUCAUCAGUAGGGGAAUCGUUAGGCGAUUAGUAUUGACAACUUAAUCCGAGAGGUUUCUGUGUAUCCUAUGGUCUCGCAGCGCUAGUUGUCUGUACCAAAAUGUCCACCACUUCGUUGGAUAAAGAAUUACAGGAGCGACUGAGAGAGGCGUCUGCCAUCGGGGAUAUCGACGAAGUGCGGACAUUGGUGGAGAGUGGAGUUAAUGUUAAUUCACAGAACGAAAUAAAUGGAUGGACAUGCCUUCACUGGGCUUGCAAGAGGAACCAUAAGCACAUAGUGUCCUACUUACUCGGUUGUGGCGCAGACAAAGAAAUCCUCACAGCUAAGGAUGAGUUGGCCUCACAACUCACAUCCAAGCCAGAGAUCAAACGACUUUUAGGAGUUGAAGUGGAGGAAGUGCCUGAGGUCAAGGAGCCUGAGUUGCCAAUCAUCCCCAACUACCUGUCUAACCCGCCCUUCAUGUAUUCCAAGAUGGAUAACAAGUCAGAAAUCAUCCUGGCCCAGCACCUUACACAGAAUGGUUCUGGAGAACACAACGAGGACACACACAGUGAUUCGGCCUCCCUUUCUCCAACUCAUGAGCCUCAGAAAUCUCAGAGCCUUCUCUCUGAUGGCCCCACCCCUCCUUCAAACCCCACCACUAACCGCCAAGCCCAGGCUGGGGAAUUCUUUCCUGUGACUGAGCAAAAUGGUGUGACACCCAGCUCGGCCUUGUCCCAUAACCAUGCUGUUGUCAACUGCACUGUGCCCAUGGACCUGUCAGUUGAGCCGCACCUCGUCAACCAUGCUGAAUACCCACAUGUGGUGGCACACAAUGGCACCAUGUGCUCCCCUCCAUUGCCCUCACCCAGCCCCAGUUUGGCCAGCAGCAGUGGAAGCCAGGUCCAGGCUCCGGUGGCCGGUGCUAACCCGACAAUGAACAGGCAACAGUCUAUCCCACAGCAGCUGAGCUACAGCCAGGCUGGUGGGCCCAUGCCAGCCUUCCAACCUUUUUUCUUCACGAGCACCUUCCCUGUCAAUGUGCAAGAGUUGGUGCUGAAGGUACGUAUCCAGAACCCCAACGCACGGGAGAACGACUUCAUUGAGGUGGAGCUGGACCGCCAGGAGCUCACCUAUCGAUCCCUCCUGAGGGUUUGUUGCCGUGAGUUAGAUAUCAGCGCCGAGCAUGUGGAGAAGAUCCGCAAACUGCCAAACACCAUGUUGAGAAAGGACAAGGACGUGGCUCGGCUGCAGGACUUUCAGGAGCUGGAGGUUGUGUUGGAGAAAGCAGAGGGCCUGUCCCUUUUCUCUGGGACCGGUGGGCUAUCAGACAGACCCUGCUACAAUAUGAAGGCCUCCCGCCUCACAUACUAGCAAAGCCCGAGGUCUCCCAGCUUAUGAUGGGCUCCUGUAGCUAUCCUCAAGCAACCAUAACUAGUUGCCCACCCAGGUCCCUUGUAACAGCUUUGUUCAGCUUUGUUGUUUCACCAAUUUCCUGACUGGGAUUUGUUUUCUGAAGUUCUGUAGCUGUUGUCCUCCUCCUGUACUCCUCUGGCUCGCCUGCAGCUUUCAUGUACUCAACCAGUUCUAAGCGAUUACUGAUGCAUGGUGUCCUCGAUUAUGUGCGAAAGUAUUUGGGCCCCGCUCUCCUCUCUUGAUCUCUUUCCUCCCACUGCACUUCAUGCCAAGGCUCCGGGGGGACAACAGAGGGAGACAUCAGCUUGUCUUCCUCACAGACUGGACUUGAAUGGGUUUCUGCAAUAGCCUUAUAUGGACACAUCCCUGUACUGGCUGCAGACUUUGGUCACAGAGGAAAAUGGUCUGUUAAGGCCAAGAGCAGAGGACGACAGGGAAGGAUUUACAUAACUCUACUGAUAAGCUCUUCAUCAGUCCACAGUAUAGGACAAGGUGCAGCACAGUGGACAUGGCUGAAUACAGUUGCAGCACAGUGGACAUGCACACAGCAAUGUAAAUUGCUAGGAAAUUGACCUAUAGAGGGUUAUCGGAUAUUCUAGCUGGCAUACACACUUUCAUAUAUGCUGUAGGCAUAAACCUUAGUGUCUUUUCCAGCAGGGGGCAUUCAUUAAUGGCCUAAUUCUUAGGUGUCUUGGACUAAUAGUACAUUAAUUUGCUGACCACAUAUAUAGUAUGCUUUAAUUACAUCCAUACUAGGAUGUACAUAUUUGGGUAGGAGUGCUUGUUUCCCUGCGUGUUGAAAUCAUCCAGUCAUACACUGUGGAAAGGAAAAAACUGUUUAGUUUGAAAUGUUUUGUGUCGUUUCAUGUCUGACAAAAAGUUAAUUUCUGUGGUAGACAUUAAUGUGAAGCAACUUGAAGCUCUUUUUUUAUUUUUAAUUUAAUUUUCUAUGAUACAUUACCACUUCUGCUUUUGCAGGGUGUGCUAUGUGGUUCAGCCUAACACUUAAAGAGACAGUUCACCCUAAAAUCCCAAAGUACUUUUUUCCCCCCCUUUUUAAUGUGAUUUACUGAGUUUAGGGGGUUUCACCUGAUGCCUGCCUGCUCAAUUAUAAUGAAACUAGGUGCCGCCAGCAGUUUCAUUUAGGAACUGUUUUCUCUCACUACACAGUAGGAAGCUUGCAUGUACUUAUGAAUGAGAGGCUAGCUAACUAAGCUACUAAACCCGGCUAACAUCACACCUAAGCUGAGAAGGACAUCAUUAACACAAUGUGCCCUGAUGUUACCUUUCUGUUGUCCUUUUUAUUCUUGCAGCCAAUAUCUCCAAAACUCAACAACUCACACCAAAAUAACCGAGAUGGAUAAAUAGCACUAGAGGUAAGAGAAAAAAAAAUGUGCUUUUGAUUUUGGGGGUGAACUGUCCCUUUUAACAGUCAACUGAAGUAUUCCUGUUGAAUUUUUUGAGUUCUUUUGACUCUCAUUAAUAGACCACGCUUGGCGCUUUAGAGUAACCAGACUCCAGUCCCAGCAGUGUUGAUGUAUGAGGCUCCCACUUGAUUUGUCAUAUAAGUUAAGGCUUCUGUCAAAUAUUUUGAGUUGCUCUCCUUCUGCUUAACUAUGAUUAGACUCAAAACCAAAAACUAAUCUAGCCAGCAAAGAUACUAACUGCAAAAUAAACUGUCACUGCUUCAGAAAAGAAUGCACCUCUGUUAGACCCAACAUGAAGAGGAAAUGAUGACCUGACUUUAUGACACUUGGUUUUAUGAUUGAGUGCUUCCUAGUUCCUCCAACACGCAUCCAAAUUCUUUUUUAUUUCUUUACAUCUCUGUGUCAGUUCACUUUAAACCUAGACUGUCUACUGUAUACAAUGACUAGAUUUCUUUAAGACCUACUAAAAGCAAAAGCAUCAGAAUAGAUCUGGCUUCAGUUUGACUGUCAAAGCCAGAAAAGUGCUAAUAUUCAUUUUUUUAAUUUAAAUUUUAAUUUUUUCUACUUGUAAGUUUAAUUGUUUAAGUGUUAAGUCAAGAAGUACAGCCAAUGUUGUGCUUUCAUCAACACUAUAUUUUUUUUUUUAACACUUAAUGCUGGGGCUCAUCUAUGUUAAGCAGUGCAGUAAGAGGCCACGACACACACAUACACACACCCUACGAUCAAAAGAUUUCUUACCCAGUGGUAACUGUUUACUGUUCAAAUGUACACCUGAAGCUCUUACUGUAUUUGUAUGUUUUAUGAUAUAUUUUUUAUUAAUUUGUAUACUUUUUUUUUUUUUAAAACCAGCUGGGCCUGUUGUGUUUGUGUCAAAAAGUCUGCUAUCGUGCAAGAAACAGUUCAACAAUGCGAUGAGAAGUGCUGAGAUGUUAUUGUUGAAGCCAAGUGCAAUGUGUGUGUGUGGGGGGGUGAAAAAAGAAUGUGUUUCCAGAAAGCUUGCAGAGAGAAGAGAAGACUACCAAGAGUGCUUAUUUCAUGUUCCCAACUAUGUUAAAUGCUUUAUUAAAUGAAGUUGUGCCACAUGGUCAAGGCAGGAGCUUGGUGGAGAAAGUGGGACAGUGUAUGGAAGAAACCCCCCCCCACUCCUCCCUGGCCGUUUUGUGCCCUGGGUUGAGUGCGAGCAGCAUGUUCGAAAUUCGUUUUUAUAGGAUCUUCUUUGAUUCUGUGGAAGGGAAAAUAACUAACUUUGUGUUUGUGGGGUUGCUUAUUAUUCUAGAACAAGCAGAGUUCAGUUUGACUUAACCUAUGCAUUCAGAGUCUGAUAUUUUUAUAUACAGUACGUCCUGUGUACUUGUUGAAAUAAUCUUAGCACCGUUAAAGCUGUUUGUUUUUUUGUUCUUGAGACCUGUAUCUGUUCUUUGAUAAAGCAUGGUGAAAUA